UAUGUUUUCUUCAUCCUGAGCUAUCCCUUCCGAACAGCACACUGUCUCUCUCCAGCUGAUCGUUGGAUGGCGAUGGAGCUUUCUGCAGCCUCCCUGUCUGAAGACCAGUUCACCUGCUCCAUCUGUCUGGAUGUGUUCAACAACCCCGUCUCCACCUCAUGUGGCCACAGCUUCUGCCAGGCCUGCAUCUCCUCCUACUGGGACACGAAAGUGGGGGCCAAAUCCUAUGAGUGUCCCCUCUGCAAGGAGCCUUUCCGCAGGCGACCGGAGCUCCACAUCAACCGCACCCUGAAGGAGAUCACGGAGCAGUUCAAGCAGAUCGUCAGCUCUGGAGGGCAGGGUGUGGACGAUCCAAACUCUCACCCCCGCCAUCGCCAUCCCUCUCUCUCUCUCCCGCAGAGGGCGGGGGAGCUGCCGGGGACCGUCUUCGCUGAAAUGAUGAAUCGUUUCCAGCAGCUGCAGACUCCGGGGACGCCUAACACCCACCCCUCCUCACCCGAUGACCCUCUCCCUCAGAGCCCAGCUCCAUUCAGUGAUGAGCCCCAAGACCCGCCUCCCCCCUACUCACCCCCCCGCAG